AUGAUGGAAAUGGAGAAUCUCAAUUACGUACCUUGUUUUGUGGUACUCUCGAGCGGUCACGUGCUCAUUGGUCAGGAAACCGAAAACUACAGUUUUAUUCGCACUCUUUCGGUGGUUCAGCUUCGCAAAGUGUUGGCUGUGAAGUUUUCUGACGAGCUAAAGAUAAGGGAGCUAGAGAAAAAACUGAGCGACUUAAAGCAAGAAAAACACGAUCUCUUCACCCAGUUGAAAAAGGUGCUAAAUCAAGAGGAAGAGCAUCGUCGUCGUCUGAUGCAAUCCCAACAGCAGCAUUACAGGGAAUUUAACGAAGUUUUGGCCAAGGUCAGACCAACGACGGGAAUGCUGCCUUUGCCGUUAUCUAUGAAUGAUGCCCAGUUUGGUGUGAUUCCCCAUACAGGCUGCUAUCCCGCUACCUUGAGCAUUCCGACGUCCCCGCUAAAGAGGUCGAGAUCACCUUCCUCCCCUUUCAACGUAGGCCUACAGCCGUUUAUUUCCUUACAAGACCCAAAGUACGGAGAUAAUAUUCUGAGGUUGGCCGCGCCUCCGGUAGCUUAUGAACCACGGUCAUACGCUCUGAAUAGUGCCUCUGAUGUCUCGAUGCUGCCUACUUACAACGAUGGCGACGGCGGUGACCCGCACCUCAAAUACGGACCGCCGUACGUUCGAGCAAAUGUUCGGACAGCGUCAUUGCAGCUAAGCGGUAUGAAACCCAGCAUCUUGCCAAAUCGGACAGGUCCGCAGAAUUUUUAA